AAUAAAAAACAAACUCGUCGAGUUAGAGAACAUCUUGCCCACCUUCUUCUGUUGUGUCAUAUUCAUAAAACGUUGUGGGUUCUUAUCUCCUGUUCUUAAUAAUGGCUUCUACGAAUCUCAUUUUGUGGCUGUUAUAGUUUCUUCGAGGGGUCCCUUGUUGUGAUCUCCUCAGAUCUGUUUUGGUCCGACUCUUUUUUACGUUGUGGUGCAAGUUCAGACACGAGACACCAGAAAGAGGUUUCAAGAAUGUUGACCAACGACAGAGAUGAAGAACUCUCAAUGUUCCUUGAGAUGCGUCGACGUGAGAAAGAACUUAGAGGAGAAUCUCUCUUAGCAGGAUCUGAUAAUAUUAGUGUCAACGGAGCGUUGACGACCGCUGUGUCCGAGGCGCUCUCUAGUAUCUCUGAAACGGUGUCGUCUCAGCGUUAUCCUCUCCGGAGAACCGCCGCUGAGAACUUCUUGUACUCAGAGAAUGAGAAAUCUGAUUAUGAUUGGCUGCUUACACCUCCUGGCACGCCUCAGUUUGAGAAAGAGUCACAUAGGAGCGUAAUGAAUCAGCUUGAUGCUCCCAACUCACGACCAACGGUUCUUAAAUCUCGGCUAGGGAACAGCCGUGAAGAGAUGAUCUCAGGGAACUGCAAUAAGCUCCAAACGUCGUCAAGCUCUGGACCAAACUCUUCUUCCUCUGUAGCUGGACUCAGAAGACCAUCUUCAUCGUGUAGCUCAAGGUCAACGAGUAGACCUUCCACACCAACCAGUAGGUCAACGAGUAGACCUUCCACACCAACCAGAAGGUCUACAACUACAACCACAACCACCUCCACAACAAGGCCUGUGACCACAACCAGAGCGUCAGCCUCUAGAUCCUCAACACCCACCUCACGCGCCACCUUAACUGCCGCCCGUGCCACUACCUCUACAGCGGCUCCACGCACCACAACAUCAACUGGUUCAGCUAGAUCAGCUACUCCAACUCGGUCUAAGACUCAGCCGUCUUCUGCACCUUCUAAAAAACCUCUAUCAAGGCAAGCCACACCAACCCGCAGGCCUUCAACCCCGACCGGUCCAUCAAUAGUUUCCAGUAAAGCUCCCUCUCGAGGGACUUCUCCAGUUCCAACUGUGAAGUCGUCAAGGCCACGGAAACCACCGGAGAUGCCUGGUUUCUCUUUAGAAGCCCCACCGAAUCUUAGGACCACUCUACCAGACAGACCAGUCUCAGCUACAAGAGGCAGACCCGGAGUAGCCUCAGCACCAGGCUCAAGAUCGUCUUCCAUAGAACGUGGCAGUGGUGGCCCCACCAGUGGUAGGCAAUCUUGUUCUCCUUCCAGACGUCGGACUCCUAUUGGGAACACUAAUGGGGGCCUCCCGGGUGCGCGUGUGCGAGGAAAGGCUAACAAAGGUGGGAGUAGCUACGAUAGCAUGGGUCCAGUGGCUAUGGGAAAUAAAAUGGUGGAGAGAGUGGUGAACAUGAGGAAACUAGGUCCACCAAGGCUAACAGAGAACGUUGGUCGAGGAACCGUGAAAUCUAACUCAGCUUUUAACAGCCUUGGGUAUGGGAGAAACCUCUCCAAGAGCUCUAUCGAUAUGGCCUUAAGACAUAUGGAUAUAAGACGAGGCAUGACAGGAAAUCUCCGGCCUCUGGUGACAAAAGUUCCAGCGUCAUCAAUGUACAGCGUGAGAAGCGGAUCGACUAGUGUCACGAACUCUCCGGUGGCUACUAGCAGUACCAUGAGCUCAUCAGAACUGAGUGUGGACAACAUCAACAUUUUGUGCUUAGAUGGGAAUGAUGCUGAAAACGAUGAUCUUCUCAGCGAGAGAAGCUAUUCUUGACCUAUAUUUACUAUGUAUCCUAUGUUCUUUGUUUUGUUACCAUACUUAAAUAACGUGUUUCUAGAGAUACUGAAACGUAUCGAGGCAACUCUUGAUCAUGUUUAAGUCUUCAUGGAAUUUUGAUGAGUGUUCAAAGGUGGAUUCCAGUU